AUCGAAGAAGGAGGAGGGGCACCUCAGUAGUGAUAGUAAACGUAUUAUGUGAAGCAUUUUUCUUUUUAAAUAUGAUACCAUGGUAUAUUUUAAAAUUUUACGCCCAGAAGCAUAUCAAGUUCACUUCUGGAACAGCUGUGUUGCUUGUUCUCACACUGAUCUUCUACAGCUAUCUGAAAUGGUUUCUGGCGGUAUGGUCGUUUGUGGUCGGCAUGGCAGUGACCUACGUGUGUGUCAGUCCCAACACACUGCUGCCCAACCUGUUGCCUAUGUACAGCAGGAAGAAAAAGUCGUCCUCCCAGUAUGACGAGCUGACACUCAUGAAGACAGUGUGCACUGUGUGUGGUCAGAGAAAGUGCCCCAGACACAGACCUGAGUUGAAUAUUCUCGCCUUUCAACCAUGGACCAACCUUGAGAUACGGCAGAAAGUGGAUCAGUCCUUAGAUGAGUUUUUCAGUAUUAUUUUCAAGGAGUUUGUCUACACAUGGUAUAAGGACCUCAGCACAGAUGAGGAGUUUGCAGAUGAACUGAGGAGCAACAUCCGAUUCAUUGCAGCUGUGUUUCUACGUAGAGCUAAGAAGCUUGACAUACCGAAACUGGUAAUCCGUAAACUGGUGAAGGCAGCCAUAGAACACCUAGACUGCUGUAUACAAGCCAAGAUACAUGCUGAAGGUGCCACUGACUUCCAGCAGUGUGUCAUUGACUACCUCGGGCAAGACGUUCAUGUAGCCAUGUGGAGUCGAAAAGCAGAACUGGAGUAUCUCAGGAGAAUGGCAGAGAGUCUCUUUCCCUACAUCCUCAGACCUCAGGCCCUGCACUCAAAAAGCACCUGUGCGCUGUUGAGAGAGAUGUUGGCAGGCUCAGUGCUGUUGCCUGCGGUAGAUGCUGUUGCUAACCCGGACUUGGUAAACAACUUGAUCCUCAUCUUCUUGGAUGAUACUCCUCCCCCUGAAGCCCAGGAGCCUCCAUCUCCCAUGGUGCCCUUUCUGGAGUCUUUUGCUCAGCCUCUGAACCAGAACAAGUCUUGUCUGCGCCUCGAGCUGAAGGAUGUUAUCAACAAGGAUACCCCCGAGUUGCUUUACUCGUUUAUGCAGUUCCUCAAGAGCGAGGCAGCAGUCAAUGUUCUACAGUUCUGUCUAGCCUGUGAUGAUUUCAAUGAGCGUAUCCUGAGUCCCAGCGUGUCUCAGAGUGAGUUUGUAGAGCUACACAACAUGGCCAAGGACCUCUACAACAGCUACUGUGCUCCCACUGCCUUAGACAGGAUCAAGUUUGAUGAACAAAUCGUCCAAGAACUUGAAGGAGUCAUUAAAGGUCCUCCUGAUGGGGUAAUCAAACUGCGGACAUCCACACCACUGUUCAAGGCAUAUGAGCAUGCAUACAAUCUGCUGGAGAACAACUUCCUUCCCCUGUUCCACCAGAGUGAUGACUAUUACCAGAUGGUGUGUGGAGGUCGGCCUGAAGUGCUCAGCCGGAAUCAGUCAAGUUUGUUGCCCCCCAGCUGUGCCCCAGUCCCGAGACUGACCAAAAAGAAAGAAUUUGGACUUUCACACUUUGGUAAUAAACUGAAAGAGGUCUUCAAAACUUCAUCAGAGGACAAAAUGGGAAGCAUGGACAGCCUUGAUGACCUUGACCUCCCACCAGCUAUAUCUUCAGCCACGAGUAUGGACGAGGAGAUGGAUGACCCACUGGAUCUUCCAGACCCUCCAAAACAUGACCUGAGUACCUGGCGGGUCACUGUCCCUCGGAUAGGUGCUCGACCAGACCCAGACAACCCCAAGAAACAGUUCUUUGUCUUCAUCAUUGAUGUGCGACGUGUUGAUGUACCAGAAGGUGUGUCUGAGAGGUCCAACUGGAUUGUGGCAAGACGCUACACUGAGUUCUAUGUGCUGGAGCAAAAGCUGGUAGAAUUCCAUGGAGAAUUUGACUGCCAACUGCCUCCAAAGAAGACAUUUGGUACUAAAAACCAGGAAUUUAUAGAGGGAAGGAGGGAGGUCGUCGAGCAGUAUUUGCAGAAGCUGCUGACAAAGCCACACCUUAAAGGAAGUGAACUGUUGAAAAGAUUUCUUUCCUCAGACAAAGAAGAGUUUACCACAAGUCUCUUCACUGACAUCAAUUUGGGCAAGCUUGUCAAGGCAAUGCCAAUGAAGUUAGUCAAAGAGAGAGGUCAGCACCUUGACCCUUUCCUCCAAGCAUUUUUCCAGUCCACUGAGGCACCUCGUCCUCGGCCCAGUAAACUGGAAAGGAGAGGAUCUGAUGCUUCACAGAGGUCAACAUCCAGUGAGAAGAUGUAUUCCUCUUUGUAUGAGAACAAUGCAGGGUGUGGCUUCCGAGGGAUGACUCCGUCCACAGCCGCCCCACCUAUUGUCACCCGGGAGGUAGAGGGCGUGUUUGAUUCCCUCAUCUAUGUCGCACGUCAUGUGUACAAGGUGCCAGCAUGGUUCCACCAUAUCCUGAUGACCAUAAAGAUUGUGGGCAAGAACACAAUUGAGUCUUACAUGGAGUGGUACCUGGACAACAAAAUUGAGAAGCUGAAGCAAGAACAUCGAGUUGUCAGCCUCAUACACCUGCUCAGAGACACCCUGUUCUUUGACACAGACCCUCCAAGGACUGAGGCCCAGAAACGAGCUCGGUACAAGGAGGUAGUGGAUGGUAGUAUAGACUACAUUCCAAAAGCAUUUGCUGCAGUAGUUGGGUCCAAGAGUCAUGUAGAAGGAACCAAGUUUUUACUGGAGUGUCUGCAGCAGCCCAAGCUUAACAAGCAGCUGAGUUUUGUGUUUUUGGACAUCGUAGUACAAGAACUAUUUCCUGAACUCCGGGAGAACACACCCAGCCCUACUUGAGACAUGUCCUGCAUCCUCCUCAACCUCUUCUUGUCUGUGUCCUGCAGGAUGCAGUCACUGACAUUAUCUGAUGCUGUUUGGCUGGAGCAGCCUCACUGGAAAUACUCACUUUGUGACAGACAGUGUUCACCUUUGUGGACACACAGCCAAUGCAAGUUAGUAUAGCUGUGACAUGACUUCCAGGACCAGACUGUGUGUGUACAAGCUGGCGACACUGGGAAAUACUGGGGUGUCAAUGCCUCGCAGUUGUUGAUUAUUUUACUGUAUUGCACAAAUUUAAGUAUUCUUACGUUAAACUCACGGGAAAGUUAUCUCAAAACGUUAAUAAAUGUUUGUAGAAACAUUUUGAUGAAAGUCCCCAGUGUGUCUACAGCCCUUUAUUCACCAGCAUAUAUAUGAUAUAUAGUACUGGCAGGGCCAUCAUACCCCAGAAGGAUUAUACUGGCAGUGCCAUCAUUCACGAGUAAGGAUUGUACUGGCAGUGCCACCAUUCACCAGCAAGGAUAGUACUGGCAGUGCCAUCAUUCACCAGCAGAGAUAUAUAGUACUGGCAGUGCCAUCAUUCACCUGCAGCGAUAUAUAGUACUGACAGUGCCGUCAUUCACCAGUAAGGAUAGAACUAGCAGUGCCAUCACCCACCAGCAAGGAUAGUACUGGCAAUGCCAUCAUUCACCAGUAAGGAUAGUACUGACAGUGCCAUCAUUCACCAGUAAGGAUAGUACUGGCAAUGCUAUCAUUCACCAGUAAGGAUAGUAUUAGCAGUGCCAUCACCCACUGCGAAGGAUAGUACUGACAGUGCCGUCAUUCACCAAUAAGGAUAGUACUGGCAGUGCUAUCAUUCACCAGUAAGGAUAGUACUGACAGUGCCGUCAUUCACCAGUAAGGAUAGUACUGGCAAUGCCAUCAUUCACCAGUAAGGAUAGUAUUAGCAGUGCC